AUGCCACGACGUGAAGGCAUACCGUGCAGCUCCGCGCCUUGUUCAGUUGCGGACACGUCCGCUGGUUCGACAACCAGUUCCAAGUCAUCGUCGCUGCGCAACUUCAUGAACUUCGACAAGAUGGAAGUAGACACCGACAUUGAUACCAGGCCAGCACGUUUCCACUUCACCAAGACAAAGACACCCAGUCGACAACCUGCACCACCGCAUGUUUUUCCUCGCCCCAAGGUCCCUACAUCCUACUCGCCUGCUCCACAAACCCACAUCAUGAACGCCGCCAGGACAGGUCUACCGAUAUGGAAUCACAGCGUAGCGAAGAGAAUGGCUGACGGGAACUCCGACCAGCGACACAACGACAACGAGAUUCCGAUCGUUCCGCGCCGCCCAUACCCCGUCGAUCCAGAAGCUGCGAGGAUAUCGUCGCGGAAGCAACGUGCGCUGUUGAGGAAGCUGAAGCGAAUGUCUUGGACACGGAAGGUCAGGGUGGUCGCCUGUAAACCGGAGAGCUGA